AUGAGGAGAAAAAAAUAUUACCAAUUUAUUGUGAGUGCGUGUGUGUUUGUGUAUGUUUAUUAUUUCUUUGGUGUGGGUGACUACAUUUACUCCAAGAGCUAUGAGGACGAUUUCGAUUACCCUCUAAACAUCGACAUACGACCGUUAGUAGAAGAGGUGCUAUCAGGAAGGAAACCAGCAGUCGCUCCAAUAAACUUCUAUCCAUACAGGUUCCUAACUAACUCAGGCAAAUGUUCAACAUUAGAAAAGCUGGAUUUGUUCAUCAUAGUCAAAUCAGCUAUGGGAAAUUACGAGCAACGAAAUGCGAUUCGACAGACAUACGGCCAAGAGAACCUUGUACCAGGCAUCAUAAUACGUACCCUGUUCUUCCUAGGCGUCGACACGCCGAAGUCGGAAACACAGAAGUUAAUAGAUAAAGAAAUGGCUGAUUUCAAAGAUAUCAUACAAAUAGAUUUUCAGGACAAUUAUUACAAUAACACGAUAAAAACAAUGAUGUCGUUCCGAUGGUUGUACGAGCAUUGUUCUACCGCGGACUACUAUUUGUUCACUGAUGAUGAUAUGUAUAUAUCCGUUAAGAAUCUUCUAGAUUAUGUUCAAGAUGUUGCUACUACAAUUGGAAGAAGUGGGAAUGGGGUAGGAUAUGGCAAGGAAAGUGUCUGUUACGCAGGUUUUAUGUUUAAGUCCACGCCACAGCGUAUACGUUCAAGUAAAUGGAGGGUAUCUCUAGAAGAAUAUCCAUGGAAUAAAUGGCCGCCCUAUGUGACAGCGGGCGCGUACAUUUUGUCUAAUAGGUGUAUGAAAAUGUUGUACGCAGGGAGUCUGUUUGUAAAAAACUUUCGUUUUGACGAUAUUUAUUUAGGUAUUGUUGCUAAGAAAGUAGGUUUAAAGCUCACACAUUGUCCCAAUAUUUAUUUCUAUAAAAAGAGUUAUACGUUGAACGGUUAUAAAAACGUCAUAGCGUCCCACGGCUACGGGCAUCCCGAGGAGCUGAUUAGGGUGUGGAAUGAACAAAAUGCUAAACCUCAA